AUGUCGAAAGCUAGCCCAAUCCCUGAGUUGACGGAGAGUCGAGGUUGGAGACCCACGAUUCGGCCCGCUUCAUCUAUGUACUAUACCCAUGUAAAUGUGGAAUUUCCAACACGAGAGUUCAAGUCGGACUUCCCGGACUCCGCUGUGAUCUGGCUCCGCUCCAAGCCAGUGAAGAAUCUAUUCGAAUUGGCUAAUGUAGCGUCGAUAGCGCUACACCCACAUUGGGGAGAAGAUCGCAAAGAAGCUGAGUUGCUAAACAAGGAUUCAAGAUACCUGACUACAUAUACACUGAUUAGCAACAGCGAUCCAUGCGCAUAG